UCGGCGCGUGCCUUAAACACGCACCAAAACAAACACACACACACUAAUAAGAAAUGAACGCUGUGACCGCCGCCACCUGCCUUCUCGUUGCCGGCUUCAGCUGCUACCUCUACGGCAGCGAUGUGUUGUUAUCGCUGCUCCGUGUCUCUGUUGCAGACUCCUCCAUGCCCGAGCCGACAACUGCUCCGCGGCGGAGCCCGCAGGGAGUCCCCUACACCGACCUGCAGCACAUCGUCAACGCCGACGGACUGCACCUGUUCUGCCGCUACUGGGAGCCCGCGGAUGCGCCAAGGGCUCUGGUGUUCAUUGCCCACGGGGCCGGAGAGCACUGUGGGCCAUACGAUGAGAUUGCACAGAGACUGAAGGAACUGUCCUUGCUGGUGUUUGCACACGACCACGUUGGCCACGGUCAGAGUGAAGGAGACAGGAUGAACAUCAAGGAUUUCCAGGUUUACAUCAGAGACUCCCUGCAGCACAUUGACCUGAUGAAGUCCCAACACCCUGACUUGCCUGUCUUCAUUGUGGGUCACUCAAUGGGCGGUGCUAUCUCCAUUCUUACAGCCUGUGAGAGACCCAGCGAUUUUGCUGGAGUGGCGUUGAUAGCUCCGAUGGUCCAGAUGAACCCAGACUCCGCCACACCAUUCAAGGUUUUUCUGGCGAAGGUUCUGAACCACAUGCUGCCCAGCCUCACUCUGGGCUCCAUCGAGUCCAAAUGGGUCUCACGGGACAAGAAGCAGGUGGAGGCAUAUGACGCUGAUGAGCUGAACUUCCAUGGCGGGAUGCGGGUGUCGUUCGGCAUGCAGCUGAUGGGGGCAGCAGAUCGCAUUGAGAGGGAGAUCCAAUCCAUCAGCUGGCCCUUCCUGCUCCUGCACGGCGACGCUGACAAGCUCUGCGAUAUCAGAGGCUCCAAGUUGAUGUACGAGAACGCUCAGAGCUCAGACAAGAGAAUCAAGGUCUAUGAGGGAGGCUACCACGCCCUUCACCACGACCUCCCGGAGGUGGCUGAGUCCGUGCUGAAGGAGGUGACCAGCUGGAUCACAGAGCGAAUCCCUGCCACGACAUCACCACAACCACAAGGCUCCUAGACACGUAACUCGUGCCACCCGUUCAGCGUUCCAAGGCGACUGCCAACCUACACCCAAGAGGCCUGCUCAAUUUCUAGUGGUCUUUCAGGCAUAACUACAUCACUCUCCAGUCUGGGAAAUACAUUUGGGCAUAUAGACUGAUGUUUUUUCUCAGUAUAAAAAGUGACUUCAUCCUCUGGGCAUAUACUGUACAAAAACCUCCCCUCUCUGCUUAGAAUUGAUAGAUAUACCCACUUCCACUGUGCAAACUACACUGGUUUUUAAUUGGAUGAUGGGGUCAGAAACAUUACUUACUGUAGAUCAGUUUCCCUGUAAAAUUUAUGGUCAGGGAUGUGACUAUUGUAUUUUGGCCAGUGGGCUUAUUUGGCUAUCAUUUCAUCCUCUCCAUUAGACCUCACUAAAAAUGCAACUCAAGUAAAGUAAAGCUACAGUACGCUGGGGUUCAAAGUGCAAUAAUGAAGUUUCCAUCUCUUCGCUUUUAAGUAGUAAUGACUAAAGUAACAUAAAACAUUAUUGAUCUGUGCAGGGACAUUUCCUUUUUGCUCAUCCACCACUGACAGACUGGUCAUAGGUCAGGAUCAGCUAGAGGACAUCACCUCUGGAGCUGCUGUGGGUGAAUAUUUGAUAGCUAGCUACUCAGUGUCACUAAACGUGUAAUAGAUAAUAUCAGCAUCUCAGAUCUGGGGGCUCAAGAGAAACUGUCAUCACCUCAAAGUCUCUUCAUAGUUUUUUCCUCUGUAUGAUCUAAACUAAUCUCCCAUCUCCUCUGCCUCCUCUGCCUUGAUUGCACUGUUUUACAAAUAACCUAAAAUACCCCCUUUUGACACAGGCAGCUUUCAUAGUCACCCGAAAACUUAUACUGUAAGCACAUGUGACUCUGUUUAUAUAUAACAGAUCCCCUUCCCUUGACAUUCUCCAUAUUUUUCUUUAGCCUGAAGACAGAUGCUUGGCAGUGAUACACUGCAUAUGAAGAUUGGUCUAAUCCAUCUAAAUCCAGCCUGAGGGCUAGUUUCAAAUCUUGUGUAUUUUUCCCACCCAUCAAGUGAUUUUCUUUUUAUAACCAAAGAGGGCCUCCAUACACCAUACCGUACAUUCCAUAUAAAGUCCUAUGCGCUGUCAGGGAGUGUAGUUAAGAGCGUAGGGAAAUGAAGAGCAGGAAAAUUAAGCGAGUAAAGCUGUUCCAUCUCUCUCUGCAGGUGGGGAUUAGACGGAGAGGGCAAAGGUCAAGAGGUCAAAAGGUCUCUCAUCUGUAUAGCUUUUGACCUUUAAAGUCACAGUUGAAUUCACUGUUAGGGUCAUUCUCUGGGGCCAUAUUUUCUUCGUUAAGCUCAGACUGCAGACCAGGGCCCAGCUGGAAAACGAGCGAGACAUCGCUCUCUUACUGUGGACAAAAGAGUAGAUCUGCCAUUCUGUAGACACUUUUAUUCAAAGCACCGUGAUGUAAUUGGCUGAAUAUAUUUCUAGCAUGGGUGACCACAGCGGGAAUCCAACCCCUGUCUCACAACAAUGCCAUCAUUUUUUGGGGGAAAACAGGAUGUGCAGUAGAAUAGAUUCCAGACACGGAGAGAUAGAGUUACAGAAAGUGGCAUUUGUGAGAAUUUAACUUUUGGCAUCAAAAACACAGAAAAUGUUAGUAUGAGUCUGUCCAUUCUGCAGCAGCGCACAGUGCUUGAAGUUGAGCCUGGCUUCAAAUGGGUUUUCAAUGAAACUAUAGCAAUAAAUAUCAUGGUAACCUAUAUUUUUGGUAGCCAUUAAUUAUAAGCUCACUGAGCUUAUCAUUAUAUAGUGUCACGUAGACUGUAAUGAGCAGGUACUUGUACACGUGCUAAGCCCAAGCGUGACAAAGUACAGGUUCACUGGCACGAGUCAAGAGUUUUAAAGUUACAUGUGUUCGUCCACCUCUUACAUCAAACGUGGAAAGGGAUCAAACAUCUUGAUGUAUGUGGCAAUUCAUCCACAACAUCAGACAUACAAACAGACUCUACUGUGUCACCCUGGCUUUUUUCUUUACCACCCAGAGUUCAAAGGGACUCAUGCAGAGGGUGCAGGGGAGGCACAGUGCGGUAUCCACGGUGACCAUUACUCACGUGUAACCACGGCAGCAGGCUGGCGGCGAGGUAGAUUUUUUUUUUUUUUUUUACUCCAUCAUACAUGUGUAGUAACCAGGGUGAUCACUACAAGGCAGACAGAAUGAGAUUAUUUCUGGCUUCGUGCCUAUUCCAUCUUUCCUUCUGACUUUCUCUUACUUCACUCUUCCCCUCUCUCACUCUGUCUCACCCCGUGUCACCCUGUUUCACCCGCUCUGGGCUUUUUUUUUUUUUUUUUAGUUGCUGUGGUGACCAGUACUCUUUGUUCUGUCCAUCACAGAGCCCCUUGUUCUACUACAGAUUCAAACAUCAUGUACUGACAGCCAUCCACACUGUCCCUAGUGGCCAGUUGUCAGAACAGCAUCAGGUGACAUUAUAUCAGAUUCAGAGAUGAGGUAUGUUAUUUUACAGCUGACUUUUUUUCAGCUUCAGCUCCCACUCGUUUAACAGGGGACACAUCACUUAACCUGUCAUUAAUUCUGCUCCGUUUAAAGCUGCAUCUUACCACACUAAAUGGCCUCAGGAAAGACCUAAAAUGCUUGACUUGCUGUCAUUACUGGGAAUCACUGGUGGUCUGCAGAAACUAUGUUUUACUAUUAUUUUUAUCAUCUCUGAUGUUUGCUAACAGUUUUCUGACCUUGGUAAUGACUUAAAACUGCUGAAUUGCACUGGAAAAUGAGAGAUUAAUACAUUGAAAUCAGCAGGAGAUUAUAUAGUACAUGUCCCACAAAGACACAAUUCAAAGUGCUUUGCAUAAUGCAUAACAUGCAUCAAAUAAUAUAUUAUAAGACAUUAAAACAAGAACUGAAACACAUUUUUAAAAAUUACAGAAAUACAUAGAAAGGAGAUCAGGGUGUAAAUGCAUCUUCUGUAUUUUCUCAGGCAUUAGAUGAUGUCAGACCAAAUAUCAGGUUACAUUGCCAGGCAUGCAGACAUGGAUUGAAGUGUAGAUAUAAUGUAUUCAUCCAGUCCCAGUGGGAAUCCAGACCCUUAACCUCAACCAGAACCCCAGGGGUUUAUAUGACAAGCACUUCUAACACAAUCUUCUCCUGAUUGGGCUGCAGCAGGCACAGCACUCACAAAAAAGGCUUCGCAGUCCCAGUAUUCAAACUUGUAAUAGCACCCCUGCUGCACGGCAUCAGUACAAUAGAUUCAGCCACGCAGGAUGUAACAGCACAUUUCAAAAGCUCUACCUGUCAGACUACAUGAGCGCAUAUUACUGCUAUCAUUAGCUAUGGGGGCGGAGAGAGAUGGAGAUGGAGUGAGAGGAGAAGAGAGAGAAAGAGAGGAGUGAAGCUGUCAGUAACCAUGGCAGCAUCUUUUUUUCUUUUUUUUUUCUCAGCGAAAUCACCCAGUGAAAAAUGUGUAUUCAUUAAUGGUGUAGGAUGCUGCCGCGCUUUCAGGGCUCGUUGUCCAUUUGCUGCUUUGAGGAUUCCCUUUUGUGUGAGCGUCGAGAUAAGAGAGCGAACAAUUAGCGUCUUCAGUUUACAGCGAAUAAUAAGAGCUGCACACACUCACUGAAUUCAAAUCAGGCUGGUCUGCUGUUUAUAUGGAUAGCUGUUUCAAUUUCAGCAAAGACUGGUUUCUUGGAGAUUUUAAGCCCAAAAAUGUACUUUUCUUCUCAUGAGUGUGCACUUUUCCCCCCAUCUAAUCCCUUGUCUUGAUUAAAAAGUGGUGGGCGAAGGUCUUUUACUGAAAUUAUUACAAUAUGUGCUGACAGUGUGUAGGAGUCCGUCACUUUUUAUUACUAGAUAUUAUUCCUACACACCUGGCUUAAAGGUGUGUAAUGCCUGACACAGUCCUCACAUCUUGUAAGCUUCCCUUUCCAUUCCAAUAUGCUUAUAUACAAGCAUGAAUCGUAUGCACGUUUGCCAUACUGAUAGAUAGCUAUGUACAGAUGAAGCGCUCUGUUAAUAUGUAAUAAUCCACUUGACUGUUAAUAUCCUCCUUAUUUAGGACAGAUGUUCUAUAUUAAGUGAAGGAGAGAAAAUAAUGAGGGCAGGAAACCACUAAAUCUAAUUAGGCCUCGACUUCUCUAACAAAGAGAAAUUCAAUUGGCCAGCCGGUUUAUAAAUGGGGCCAUUGUUUUUUUGUUUUUUUUUUAAAUAUAUAUAUAUAUAUAUCGACUUUAUGACUGUUUCUAAGAAAAGAGCUGUUAUAUAUGAUGGAGGACUUGGGGGCACAGGCCAGUCUUUCUGUAGUUUUAUGAGAUUAAAGUGCACUGAAAAGGUUCAGUGCAGAGUUUGCAUGAAUGGAGUCAGAGCACAAGUGACCAGCAAGAAUUGAAGAAGACUUUUCCAAAAUAGUGUAAAUAGAUGGCAAAAUACAUCACACUUGAAGUUCAUCAUCAGAUCAGUAAAAUACAGAUGAUCCAGGUUGUUAAAGUGUAAUCAUUGCCACUACUUAGAAACUUAGUCUGUGAAAAAAUGUAAUUUCAGUCAUUUGAAAGUGCAUUUUCAAAUGGUUGAAAUGCAUUGCAAUAUGCAAAAUAUUAUAAUAAAUGCAAAAUAUUGCAUUUUGGAAAAGUCUAAUUCAGUUAUUGCCGGUUUUAUCAACAAUGUUGAUUGAUCUGAUUCAUUUCUAGUGAUUGAUUGCUAAACAAAAUUGUAAUACACUGUAUGAGCAUAGCAUUGCUAACAACACUUGACAGAAAUACAACAAUCAAAACAAAUCUUUUAUUUAUCUUGUCUAGAGUAUUUAUAGGAAUUAAUUAUAUGUACAGGCUACUACAGUAUAUAUUGAUUACACAUCAUGACAAGGCAAUUUUAUACCAUUAACCAGUCACACAUGUAAUUUUUACUGUUACAGCUACAUGAAGCUUCAUAACACUUUUUUCUGGUUCAAGGUUGUAUGUAUGUACAGUCAGCCAUCCCAGAAAUGUAUGACAAUGUUUCUGAUAUGAUUUUUCAUAGAGAGUAUUUUACUACUGUGUGUUUAAGUCAGCAUUGUUGUGUUGCAAAAAAACUCAAGUCUCGUUGCAGUUUGUCACAGAACUAUGAAUGUUUAAACCAUGUGAUGUUAAAAAUGUUUUUGUUUUGUAACCAGAUCCUAACAGCCAGCGUGUUGGGGAAAAUCUUGCACUGCUUUCAAAAAUAUGCUUUUCAGGAAAUUUCUUUCACUUCAAUCUUGAAGUAUCUCUACUUAAAAAAACUUAAAAUGGACCUGAGUGAGAGACUUAAUAUAUCUCUCUCCAUUCAUAAAACCCUCGGUUACAUCUCAGAUCAAAGACAAUUUGUUCUAAAUUGCCAGUAUCAGGUUUUCGCCGAACUGAGGCACAUUUCUGAGAAAAAAAGGCAUCAGAUUCAUUUUACUAAGAUUCCAUAAGAGAUUUUUAUUGGAUUUGUAUUAUAUGUUUAUUUUUGGAUUCUGGUCUAGUGUUUGUUUGUGCCUUAUUACUAUGAGGAAUGUCUAUCUUCACUACAUGUGAGUGUGUUUGUGCAUGUACAUGUGAGUCCACAAGUGUGUGUGUUUUGACAUAGAUGGACUGUGCAGAGCUUACUGUGGUUUUCUGGCUGUCUGUCAUCACAUCACAUCUGUUACGGCUCUUGGCUCAGUAAUUGUGUCUCUGCUUGUCUUCCUCUUGUCUGUCUCUUUGUAUUUAUGUCUGACUGUCCAAUAAGCAGAUAUGGGUCAACAACAGUUUCUGAAUCUCUCAGUAUAGGCUGAGAUACAGCUCAUAAAUACAUUGCCAGUCAAAAGUUUGGACACACUUUCUCAUUGGAGUGAAUGCCAAGCUCCUUUAAACACCUGUUUUGUUUUAGCCUGCCUAAAGCACACCCAUAGUAACUAGAAACACAAUACUUUACAUUAAAGACCAGGCUUUUAAAUCGCCCUGCUUGGUUUGCUAUAAUUGCAGAAUGACUGUAUAACUUAGCCAUUUGAUCCCAUUGGGUUGGGAAAACAAGAAGUUCAGUCCAUCAUAUAAUAAUACCAAGUAUUAACAAUACAAAAAGACUGUUCUGUAUUGAAUGAUUUCAUUAUUUUUCCUUGCUGUUAUUUGUACAUGUUGAGAUAUUGGGAGGCUUUUGUAAAGCUAACAAUACAUUUUAAAUUUGAGAGAAUGUAGAAAUGUGAUGUUGCUGUAAGAUAACUCUUUUUGGACCACUCUACAAACUCAAAAAGCUGUUUCAAAGGUUAAAGGCAUAUUAUGUAGGAUUUUCUGAAAAAACAAUGUAUAGACUCAUACAAAAAUAAUUGCUCUCAAUCAUCACUUAUUUAACUAAGUUUAGAUUUGAUUCAAGCAAGCAAACCAACUUUAAUGUUCAUAGUUGGGUUCUUUAUCAUGCAUAGAUUUGACUGGACUGGACCAAAACCGUCAUGUUGUGUUUGCCAGUGACAUUAGUUGAACUGCACAGUUAUUCAGUUCUUUGGCAUUGACGGCAAAAUAUUUAUCAACAAAGUCAAUAAAGGUCAGCGUCAUGAUUGUCUGAGAAAUUUUAAAAUGUGUCACUCGAAGCUUUUCACUCAUCUGCAGAGGAAAACUCAGCUAUGUGAUGUAAAACCUAGAGAAAGUCAGGAAGAAAAGCAAUGCUAAUCCCAGCAGACGUACAGUAUAAAUGUGACAGAGCAAAGAAUGCUACAAUUUUUAUAUUACGUUGUGUAAAUAUAAAUCCAACUUGAACACAAUCAUGCAUCAACAUAAAGUAUCAAAUCACUGAAAUGGGAGUUUAUAUGCAGCACAUCGGGCCACAUAGACUAAAUAUUGAGACAUCACAUUUUUGAGUCUUCCUUGUAAAGUAAUGUGUUUUUUUUAACAGUUUACUAAAAAUCAGAUGACACUUUAUUUGAAUAGCCUGAUGCUGAUACUCAACUAUCAUGUGACAAAAGGUAAACAUUCAACUAAGUGCCACUUUUGUUUGCUACAUCUCUAAAGACAGUGUACCCCAAACCUUAUAUUGACCCAAAUACAGAUGUAACAGAACUGUUCACUCUAAUUUCAAAGUCUGAGACUCUGUACACUACGAUGACGCGUCGUAGCCACUUCAUAGUAAGUUGAGUAUCAGCAUUAGACUAAUUCCUUCAAGUGUGACAAAAUGUUGUAUAUAAGAUGUUUAUAAUAUGUAAUAAUGCAGUUACUUCAGAAUCACUGAAAGUCAAACUACUUGUUACUAGAAUGUUCAUAAUGUCCAUACUCUUGACAGAAUAAACUAUAUGACUGUUUAA